AUGGCAGGCAUCGCCGUGAGCGCUGCCACUGGGGUGAUGAUCUCACUCCUCUCCAAGCUAUCGCUGCUGCUUAGUGAUCAGUACAGGCAGCUCAAGGGGGUCCGAAGGGAUAUUGAGUUCCUCAACUGUGAGUUGACUGACAUGAAUGCUGCAUUGGAGAAGUUAGCGGGCAUGGACAAACUUGAUGUCCAAACAAAGGCGUGGAGAGACAAGGUUCGUGAGAUGGCUUAUGAUAUCGAGGAUUGCAUCGACAUAUUCAUGCACCAGCAUGGCCAGGGAGAUGACAAGGACAGCUUAGUUAACAAGACUGCACGCAAGAUUACGAAGCUGCGAGCGCGGUACCAGAUUGCCAACAAGAUUCAAAGCUCAAAGCUCGUGUUGAGGAGCAGAGUCAGAGCCGAGAUAGUGUCUACAAGUCCUGACAUGCCAAAGAUUCUGAAGGACAUACUAUCUAGAGUUGGAUAUGGUGGCACGGAAAUGGAAGAUGACGUCCAAAAGCUUAUUGAGAUCAUUAGAGCAUCGCUCAAGAAUAAGAGGUACCUUGUCAUAAUUGAUGACUUAUGGAGCACCAAGGAUUGGCGCACUAUUGAGUGUGCUUUUGUGGAAAAUAAUUAUGGCAGUAGAGUGACAACUACCACACGCAAUCAAGAUGUUGCUACAGCUUGUUGCUUUAGUGGUCAAGAUUAUGAAAUUCGCAAGUUUGAUUUGUUGAGAAAAUGGAUUGCUGAAGGAUUUGUUAGGGUAAAACAUGGUUUAGAUCUGGAGGAAGCUGCUGAUAACUGUUUCAAUGAACUCAUCAACAGAAGUAUGAUCCAACCUUGCUUCAGUGAUGAUGAUUCUGGUGAGGUGUGGGCAUGUCAAGUUCACGACCUAAUGCUUGAUCUUAUUAUAUCGAAGUGCAAAGAGGAAAACUUCAUCACUAUAAUUGAUAGGAAGUUUACCAUGAAUAGAGCAUCGAAAGCUCGUUGGAUCAGCCAUCAGUUCAGUCACAGAGACAUGGCCCUGUCAGUCGAAAGGAUGGAUCGAUCACAAGUUCGGUCAUAUAAUACCUUCCCUGCAGCUGAUUGUAUGCCUCCACUUUCAAUGUUUAUACUUCUGAGAGUUUUGGACAUGGACCAGGGCUCAUAUGCGGGGCCACAAUCUUUGUGCCUUGACUUGUCUGCUAUAAAUCACUUUUUUCUGCUGAGCUAUCUAAGGGUCAGAGGCUUUCAUUUGGAGCUGCCAAAGGAAUUUGGGAAACUGGAGCAUUUGAUGACCAUAAAUUUGUCAUGGGCAGGGUUGUAUCUCAGUAACCAAUCAUCAGAUUUUACUUCCUUGUCGUCUUUAAGAUAUCUAUCUCUUCCAAUACUUGGAGGAAGUAUAGCAUUGAGAAAUGGGCUUAGCAUGCUGUGUAACCUACACACUCUAUUCCGUUUUGACAUCGGGAUUAAUUCCAUAGAGUGCAUCAGGGAUCUUGGCGAGUUGACCAAUCUUAGAGAGCUAAGUGUGUUUUACUCUAGGCUAGGUGAUGCAUAA